AUGGCCAUCCCCUCUUGCGCCAUCGAGAAUGUUGCUGAACUGGCAGGGCACGAAGAUCGCGCCUGGCAUGUUGCCUGGAACCCUUCCAAACCGCUCCUCGCGUCUUGUUCUGCCGACAAAUCCGUCAAACUGUACUCCUACUCUCAUCAAGACACAGAAACAAAAUUCUCUUACCUAACCACCAUCUCGACCGGACACACCAAAACCGUACGCGCUGUUGCAUGGUCACCUUCCGGCACAGUUCUCGCAACCGCUUCUUUCGAUGCUAAUAUCGGAAUAUGGGAACAAGAGCCAGAUGAAGAUGGGAAUCUUGGAAGCGGUGAAUGGGAGUGUUCGAGCUUAUUAGAAGGACACGAAACGGAGUGCAAGAGUGUUGCGUACUCGUGUAACGGGAAUCUGUUGGCUAGCUGUAGCAGGGAUAAGACUGUUUGGGUUUGGGAAGUGCAGCCUGAUUCCGAUUUCGAGUGUAUGGGAGUCUUAAUGGAGCACUCGCAGGAUGUGAAGUGCGUGUGUUGGCAUCCUCACGAGGAGCUACUAGCAUCAGGAUCAUACGAUGAUACCAUUAAACUCUACGUCGACGAUCCGCAAGAUGACUGGUAUUGUUGCACGACUCUUACGGGACAUACAUCCACCGUGUGGUCUCUCGCUUGGUCUCCAAAUGGUAGAUACCUAGCUUCCGCCUCUGACGACAAGACUAUUCGGAUAUGGAAGCGCAUGGGUGAAUGGGAAUUCCAAUGUGUUUCAAUUAUAGAGGGACACGAGAGGAGUAUCUAUUCCAUCAGUUGGGGAACUGGAAACUGCGAAGUGAAGGAUGGAUUUCAGGGAUGGAUAGCUACAGGAGGGGGAGAUGGAGUAUUGCGUAUUUGGGAAAUCAUACAGGAUCGCGACGAAGGCGAAAACACGAGGAUGAUAGCAUCCUUACCAAAUGCUCAUGGCGUACAUGAUAUCAACACCGUGGUGUGGUGCCCAAGAUCGGGACUGAACCAUCUAUUGGCAUCCACGGGUGAUGAUGGGCUCGUCAAGGUUUGGAAGGUUGUAGCAUCAUAG